AUGUUGCUGGACGCUGGUCACCAGUUUCCCGGACUGGGAGUGAGUUCGUUUGCAAGGCAUCACUCCGCGAGCGACAUGCAGGACAGAGACUUGGGUUUGGCUCAGAACAGCUUUGUAGACUCGGCACACAUGGGUGCCUUUAAACUCAACCACGACCUCUCCCCGGGACAGAGCUCUGCGUUCAGCAGCCAGGCGCCCGGUUACCCCGCUGCGGCUCUGGGCGCGCACGCUCAUGUCACGUCUUAUGCUAGCUCCCCUUUCAACUCAACCAGGGACUUUCUGUUUCGCAGCCGCGGCUUUGGAGAAUCCUCUCCGGCAAGCGGCCAGCACACUAUUUUUGGCCCCACGGCGGGAUCCCUACAUCACUCCCACUCAGACACUCAAGGCCACAUUCUGUUCCCCGGGAUCCACGACCAACACGGCACCCACGGAUCCCCCAAUGUGCUCAACGGCCAAAUGCGCCUCGGACUACCCGGCGAAGUGUUCGGACGCUCUGACCAGUACCACCAGGUGUCCAGUCCGCGGACCGACCCCUACUCCGCCGCUCAGCUUCACAACCAGUACGGCUCCAUGAAUAUGAACAUGGGUAUGAACAUGGCAGCACACCACCCCGGUGCCUUCUUCCGCUACAUGAGGCAACAGUGCAUCAAGCAGGAGCUCAUCUGUAAGUGGAUCGACCCCGAGCAGCUGAGCAACCCCAAGAAGUGCUGCAACAAAACUUUUAGCACCAUGCACGAGCUGGUUACGCACGUCUCUGUUGAGCACGUUGGCGGACCCGAGCAAACGAACCAUAUCUGCUUCUGGGAAGAAUGCUCACGAGAAAGCAAGCCUUUCAAGGCCAAAUACAAACUGGUUAAUCACAUUCGGGUCCACACGGGCGAAAAGCCGUUCCCGUGUCCGUUCCCCGGCUGUGGAAAGGUGUUCGCUCGCUCCGAAAACUUGAAGAUCCACAAACGAACGCAUACAGGAGAGAAGCCUUUCCAGUGUGAGUUUGAAGGCUGUGACAGGCGGUUUGCAAACAGCAGCGACAGAAAGAAGCACAUGCACGUGCACACUUCAGACAAGCCAUAUCUCUGCAAGAUGUGUGACAAGUCCUACACACACCCCAGCUCGCUACGGAAACACAUGAAGGUUCAUGAAUCCUCUCCACCCGGCUCAGACUCGUCCCCAGCUGGCAGCUCUGGUUAUGAGUCGUCCACCCCCCCAGGCCUAGUGUCCCCCACCACAGAGACCCAGAGCAACACAACCCUGUCCCCUGCCUCAGUCGUGCACAACUCCAGUGGACACAGCACCCUCUCCUCCAAUUUCAGUGAGUGGUACGUGUAGGACUCUGGCUUGAGCCGAAGCCACACACACUCUUUAAAACAAACACAGAAAAGCACUGGACCAUCCUGCACGAAAAUGGAACACGUGCACGUGAGAGGCACACAAAUUUUGUUUAUUUUGUAUUUUAUUAUAAGUCUCCUCAUGUGAGGGGGUUAAUCAGAGGAAAUAUGUAUCAUAUAGUGAAUAAUGUAAAUAAAAUUGGAAAAGCCCACUUGCCCAUUGGUUGUGAUAGUUUGUCUGUCCUUGGUGUAGAUGUCCCUUCAAUGGUAGCUAUUUCUCUAUUUCCAACUUCUAGUGCACAUAUUCCGAUAACGCUGUAUCAUGUUGAAUAUUGUGAUCUUAAGGCAAACUGAUUGUACUAUGCUAAACAUCUAUGAACUGCAGAGUGCCAAAGUUAACAUGGAACUGGAACAGACCACAAUAUAUUGCUUGUGAAUGUACAUUUGUUUUUAUUUAGUUCGGGCUUAACUUGUGAUGUUUUGUGCUUUGCAAGUUUUGAAUUGUGAAUACUAUCUGGAAGGAAAAUAAACGUUGUGCCGUUGGGUUUUCUGUAACUACAUUCUUCCUGUUGUAAAUACCAACUGCCAUAUUUAUCCAUUUGUAAUUAAAUUAUGCUAUUUACUUGCUACAGAUAAAACAGUAUUUAUAAAGAAUGUUUCUUUACUAUAAAUAUGUACAUUUACGAGCUUAACAU